AGAGAGAUGGUGUUCCUGAAGAACACGGUGAUGGAGUGUGAAGCCUGCGGCAUGGGGGGGGUGCAGCCUCGGCCCUCCUGCCGGCCCAGCUCCUGCCACCCGGGGGUGACGUGUCAGGAGACGCCUCAGGGUGUCACAUGUGGGCCGUGUCCCCACGGCAUGGAGGGGAACGGCACCUACUGCACCGACGUGGACGAGUGCAGUGUGACUCCGUGCCACAUGGGGGUGCGUUGCAUCAACACGUCUCCGGGGUUCCGUUGUGGUUCUUGUGCUGCCGGGUUCACCGGGCCUCAGGUCCACGGCGUGGGGCUCCAGUACGCCGCCGCCAACCGCCAGGUGUGCAGAGACAUCAAUGAGUGUGAGGGCCUGAACAACGGCGGCUGUGAGGAGAACUCAUUGUGCAUGAACACGCCGGGCUCCUUCAGGUGCGGCCCCUGUAACGUGGGCUACGUUGGGGACCAGCGGCAGGGCUGCAGGCCGGAGCGGGCCUGUGGGGACGGCCAGGUGAACCCCUGCCACGCCAGCGCCGAGUGCAUCGUCCACCGAGAGGGGAGACUGGAGUGCCAGUGCGGCGUCGGCUGGGCCGGUAACGGCCUCCUGUGCGGCGCCGACGUCGACAUCGACGGUUUCCCAGACGAGAGGCUGACCUGUCCUGAGAAGACCUGCAACAAGGACAACUGUCUCACCGUCCCUAACUCCGGUCAAGAAGACGCCGACGGCGAUGGGAUGGGAGACGCCUGUGACGAGGACGCCGACGGGGACGGGAUCCUCAACAUGCAGGACAACUGUGUGCUGGUGCCCAACGUGGACCAGAGGAACGUGGACCAGGACGACUUCGGAGACGCCUGCGACAACUGCCACGCCGCGGAGAACGCCGACCAGAAAGACACCGACGGGGACGAGCGCGGGGACGAGUGCGACGAGGACAUCGACGGAGACGGGGUCCUGAACCAGCUGGAUAACUGCCGGCAGGUCCCCAAUGCCGACCAGAAAGACCGCGAUGGGGACAAAGUGGGAGACGCCUGCGACAGCUGUCCUUACGUCCCGAACCCGGAGCAGACGGACGUGGACAACGACUUGAUCGGCGACCCGUGUGACACCAACAAGGACAGCGAUGGAGACGGACACCAGGACUCUCGGGACAACUGCCCCGCCGUCCUCAACAGCUCCCAGCUGGACACGGACAAGGACGGCGUGGGAGACGAGUGCGAUGACGACGACGACAACGACGGCGUGCCGGACCUGCUGCCGCCCGGCCCCGACAACUGCCGCCUGAUCCCCAACCCCCUGCAGGAGGACUCUAACGGGGACGGAGUGGGGAACAUCUGCGAGAAGGACUUCGACAACGACACCAUCAUCGACACCAUCGACGUGUGUCCGGAGAACGCCGAGGUGGCCCUCACCGACUUCAGGGAGUACCAGACCGUGGUCCUGGACCCGGAGGGGGACGCUCAGAUCGACCCCAACUGGGUGGUGCUGAACCAGGGAAGAGAGAUCGUCCAGACCAUGAACAGCGACCCUGGGCUGGCGGUUGGGUACACGGCCUUCAGCGGCGUGGACUUUGAAGGAACGUUCCACGUCAACACGGUGACGGACGAUGACUACGCCGGCUUCAUCUUCGGCUACCAGGACUCCUCCUCCUUCUACGUGGUGAUGUGGAAGCAGGUGGAGCAGAUCUACUGGCAGGCCAACCCCUUCAGGGCCGUGGCCGAGCCGGGCAUCCAGCUGAAGGCGGUGAAGUCCGACACGGGUCCGGGGGAGAACCUGAGGAACGCCCUGUGGCACACCGGCGACACGGCGGCGCAGGUGAAGCUGCUGUGGAAAGACACUCGCAACGUGGGCUGGAAGGACAAGACGUCGUACCGCUGGUUCCUCCAGCACCGGCCCGCCGACGGCUACAUCAGAGUUCGCUUCUUCGAGGGUCCCAAGCUGGUGGCGGACAGCGGCGUCAUCAUCGACUCCACCAUGAGGGGAGGCCGGCUCGGGGUCUUCUGCUUCUCCCAGGAGAACAUCAUCUGGGCCAACCUGAGGUACCGCUGCAACGACACUCUGCCGGAGGACUUUGACUCCUACAGAGCCCGGCAGGUCCAGCUGGAGCUCUGAGACCAGGAGCUCUGGGACCAGGAGCUCUGGGACCAGGAGCUCUGAGACCAGGAGCUUUGGGACCAGGAGCUCUAGGACCAGGAGCUCUGA